AGCGGGGAGGAGCUGUGGAAGUAGUUCUGGUCAAGUUAGUUCAGUCUCGCAGACGGUGACAAAACAGUUGCGCUUUCUUCCUCAUUCACUCGUUUACAACUUGUCUUGCAGCAAACAGAUUAAGUGCAGCCAUGACAAAGGACCCAAAUAAGCCAAGAGGGAAAACCUCCUCCUAUGCUUUCUUUGUCGCAACCUGCCGUGAAGAGCACAAAAAGAAACACCCAGGGACCAGUGUAAGCUUUGCAGAGUUUUCCAAGAAAUGCUCUGAGAGAUGGAAGACCAUGUCAGCAAAGGAGAAGGUGAAAUUUGAGGAGAUGGCCAAGAAUGACAAGAUCAGAUAUGACCGAGAGAUGAAAUCGUACGUCCCUCCUAAGGGUGCCAAGAAGGGCAAGAAGAAGAAAGACCCCAAUGCCCCAAAGAGGCCACCCUCUGCUUUCUUUGUGUUCUGUUCCGAUCACCGUCCCAGGAUCAAGGAGGAGAACCCUGGUAUCUCCAUUGGUGACAUUGCCAAGAAGCUUGGCGAGUUGUGGGCUACACAGAGUUCCAAAGACAAGGCUCCUUAUGAGGCCAAAGCUGCCAAACUGAAGGAAAAAUACGAGAAGGAUAUUGCUGCUUACCGAGCCAAAGGUGGUUCAGGGAAGAGUGAUGCUGGUAAAAAGAGUGGCCCAGGCAGGCCAGCUGCCAAGAAAGCAGAACCAGCUGAUGACGACGAUGAUGAUGAGGAAGAGGAUGACGACGAAGAGGAAGAUGAAGAUGAUGAUGAUGAGGAUGACGACUAAGCGGUUUAUGUUAACGGAUGUGAAGUUUGCAAUGUGUUGUUCAGCUUAACUCUGUGUUUUGUGUGUAUGAUUCAAAAAGUAUAGCCUGCUGUCCCUGUUAGUCUGCCUCUGUUGGAUACCAGACCUUUAUUCCUUUUCUAAUUCAGGGAUUUAGUGUUUAUUUUGUCACUUAGCCCCAUUAUGACCCCCCCAGCUGAACUUGGGUUUGUUACAUUUUAGAUCCUUGUUACUAUCGAAACGGGCAGCCAGAUAUCAACUUCCUGUCGUAAUAUAAUGGACUGAAAUUCCUGUACAGGCGGUGGACAGCAGCAAAUCAGUAAAGUUUUAAAGUUAUUGUUUCUGGAUGCACUGCUUAUGUUUUCCUUUUAGUGGUGCUGUUUCUUCAGUCAUUUUACUACCAGGAUUUAUCUGUAGUUUGAUAAAAUGUUUGCAGCCAUUUUUAAUGUGGAACUUUGAAAACUUUCAUGUAGAAUGAAUUUUUCUUUUUGUAAUAAAAUUUUGUAUAUUGA